UUCCCCGAGGUGGCCAAGAGACGCGCAAGGCUGGCGGAGGGAGAAGUUGGCGCGGCCGCCGGGCGCCUGGAAAGGGGGCGAGCGGAUCGCCCGUCCCUCCCGAUCCAGUGACGAGAAGGAGCCGUGCUCGGCGCGAGGGGGCGGGGAGGCGAUGUGGUGACUUCUUCUACAAAGGCAAGCCGGAGAAAUCACCAGCCGGGGUUGGCUGGCGCGCUCGCUCUCCCUCGCUCUCUCUCGCGCGCUCCUUCAGCUCCUCCCCCGCGCGGUGGUGGCUUCCCCCUCCAUCAAAAGCCCGCUCGGCGACGCCAGCUUUUGGGGGGUGAGGGGGAACUCCGAAAGCAAAGAAAGCGGGGUGUUUCUCUCCUUUCUCCCCUCUUUUUCUCCCCAGACUGCAUCCAGGGUCUGAAACUUCGAGAGAGUUAUCGCCGCUGCCUUCCUUGAAGAGCAGAUCUGGGAAUAAAACACAACCUGCCGUCUUCUCCCAACUCCCCUCCCAUUUCGCUUCCCUCUCACUCCGUCGCUCUCUCUCUCCCUCUCUCUCUCUCUCUCGCACACGUUCCCUCCCCGCCCCUCCACCAGCAUCAGGGGCAAUGGGAAAAGUUACUGGCUGGUACCCAGGCUGGCACGUUGCUCUGCUAGCCGCCCGGACAUGGCUUUUGAUCCUCACUUUUGGCUUCAUCGGGGCAGAAAUCACUUGCAGCUCGUGCCGUUGGCAGGUGCAGCUCCAGCUGCGGGAGCAGCAGCGAGCUCCGGACGGAUUAUUAAUGCACUUGAGGACGGCGGGGCGAAGAGGCGACGAGGCGAGGAGGAGACCCGGGGAGGAAAGAGGUGAGAGGCGCCCCGGUGGUGGCGAGGAGGCGCCGGCGAGUGCCGGGGAUCGAGCCCUCUCCGCUUCUGCCCCCGCCGAGGAGAAAGACGCAUCGCGCAGCCUGGCCGGCUCCCGGCAGCUGAGCGGCGAGCGCCCCGAGGCUCGGCUCGGCCGCCGAGCGUCGCCCUCGGGUGGGAAUCGAGCCGGGCGCGCCAAGUUCUCUUCCGCCGACGGGCGCCCGGCGGCGAACUCUCAGGCCGGCCGCGCUGCCCGAUCGGCGCCCCUGGGCCGCCUGAGGAAGCCCGGCGCGGAUCGGAGGCGGCUGGGGAGCCGGAAGCCCCGAGGGGCCCCGGCGGAGAGAGACAAGCCUCCGGAGAGCCGGGAACGGGCAAGUCCGGAGCAGCUGCCGGGGAAAGCCACGCGCUUCCGCCUGGAGGAGCUGAAAUUGACGAGCACAACCUUUGCCCUGACGGGGGAUUCGGCGCAUAACCAAGCCAUGGUGCACUGGUCGGGACACAACAGUAGCGUGAUUUUAAUUCUGACAAAGCUGUAUGACUACAACCUGGGGAGUAUCACGGAGAGCUCACUGUGGAGGUCAACAGAUUAUGGGACAACAUAUGAAAAACUGAAUGACAAAGUGGGUCUGAAGACCAUUCUUAGCUACCUCUAUGUUUGCCCAACUAAUAAGCGCAAGAUUAUGUUGCUUACUGACCCCGAGAUUGAGAGCAGCCUGUUGAUCAGUUCUGAUGAAGGCGCCACCUAUCAAAAAUACCGUCUGAACUUCUACAUCCACAGCAUGCUCUUCCAUCCCAAACAGGAGGAUUGGAUUCUGGCCUAUAGUCAGGAUCAGAAGUUAUACAGUUCAGUGGAAUUUGGAAGAAGAUGGCUACUACUCCAGGAAAACGUAACACCAAACAGAUUCUACUGGUCUAGGAUGGGUACUACUAAAGAGCCAGACAUAGUCCAUUUGGAGUCAAAGACAGUGGAAGGCCAUGCACAGUACAUCACCUGCAGGAUGCAAAACUGCUCUGAAGCUAUAAGAAGUAAACCUUUUCCAGGAUACAUUGACUCUGACUCCCUCAUUGUCCAGGAUGAUUAUGUGUUUGUUCAGCUGACAUCAGGAGGCCGGCCUCAUUACUACGUGUCCUAUCGGAGAAAUGCAUUUGCGCAGAUGAGGCUUCCUAAGUAUGCUUUGCCAAAGGACAUGCACGUCAUCAGCACUGAUGAGAAUCAGGUGUUUGCUGCAGUCCAGGAAUGGAACCAGAACGAUACGUAUAAUCUCUACAUCUCUGAUACCCGAGGGGUCUACUUCACCCUGGCUUUGGAAAAUGUCAAGAGCAGCCGAGACCUGGAGGGCAAUGUGAUGAUAGACCUCUAUGAGGUAGCAGGGAUAAAGGGAAUGUUCUUGGCUAACAAGAAGAUUGACAACCAAGUGAAAACUUUCAUCACCUACAAUAAAGGAAGAGACUGGCACUUGCUACAGGCCCCAGACACAGAUCUGAGAGGAAACUCGGUUCAUUGCCUCCUGCCCUAUUGUUCCCUUCACCUACACCUGAAGGUUUCAGAAAAUCCAUACACUUCGGGCAACAUUGCCAGUCGAGAUACUGCUCCAGGCAUCAUUGUGGCUUCUGGUAAUAUUGGAAAUGAGUUGUCGGACAACGAUAUCAGCAUGUUUGUUUCAUCGGAUGCUGGAAACACGUGGAGACAAAUCUUUGAAGAAGAACACAGCGUUCUUUAUCUGGAUCAAGGUGGGGUUUUGGUUGCCAUGAAACAUACGUCGCUGCCUAUAAGACAUCUCUGGUUAAGUUUUGAUGAAGGAAGGUCCUGGAGCAAAUACAGCUUCACAUCCAUCCCACUUUUUGUUGAUGGCGUUUUGGGAGAACCUGGAGAAGAGACUUUGAUAAUGACAGUUUUUGGGCACUUCAGCCAUCGCUCUGAAUGGCAGCUGGUGAAGGUGGAUUACAAGUCAAUCUUCGACCGACGGUGUGCUGAGGACGACUACCGUCCCUGGCAGCUUCACAGCCAGGGAGAAGCAUGCAUCAUGGGAGCAAAAAGGAUCUACAGGAAGCGUAAGUCAGAAAAGAAAUGUAUGCAGGGCAAGUACGCUGGAGCCAUGGCAUCUGAACCAUGUGUCUGCACAGAGGCAGACUUUGAUUGUGACUAUGGAUUUGAGCGUCACAGCAAUGGCCAGUGCUUGCCUGCAUUUUGGUACAACCCAUCCUCCUUGUCAAAAGACUGCAGUAUUGGUCAGAGUUAUCUCAACAGCACUGGGUAUAGGAAGGUUGUAUCUAAUAACUGCACAGAUGGUGUGCGUGAACAGUACACAGCUAAGCCUCAGCAGUGUCCUGGCAAAGCCCCACGAGGACUCCGAGUUGUCACUUCAGAUGGCACAUUGACAUCAGAACAAGGGCACAAUGUUACCUUCAUGGUGCAGCUGGAGGAGGGUGACAUUCAAAGAUCAAUAAUCCGUGUGGAUUUUGGAGACGGGAGUGCUGUGUCAUACGCCAAUCUCAGCUCCACAGAAGAUGGGAUCAAGCACGUCUACCAGAAUGUGGGGAUUUUCCGAGUAACAGCGCAGGUGGAAAACAGCCUGGGGGCAGACAGUGCUGUCAUGUACUUGCAUGUAAAUUGUCCUUUGGAACAUGUCCAUUUAUCGUUGCCCUUUGUGACAACAAAGAACAAAGAAGUUAAUGCUACGGCAGUCCUGUGGCCCAGUCAAGUUGGAACACUGACUUAUAUCUGGUGGUUUGGAAAUAACACCGAGCCGCUGAUCACCCUGGAAGGGAGCAUUGCGUUUACAUUCUCCACCGAAGGGAUGAACACUAUCACAGUGCAGGUUUCUGCAGGAAAUGCCAUUCUGCAAGACACCAAGAUGAUUGCAGUGUAUGAGCAAUUUCAAUCGCUACGGUUAUCAUUCUCUCCAAAUCUGGACGACUACAAUCCAGACAUUCCUGAAUGGAGACGAGACAUCAGUCGAGUCAUCAAGAAUGCUCUGGUGGACGUAACAGGCAUUUCCAGUAAGCAUAUCUUGGUGGCAAUCCUGCCAGGUUUACCCACAUCAGCAGAACUCUUUAUUUUGCCUUAUAAGGAUGUCACAGGGGAAGACAAACGAACAGCAGAAGACCUACAACAGAUUUCAGAUAUAUUGGUCCAGAAACUGAACCAAAAUGCCAUCCAGUUUGAUUUAAAGCCUGGGGUUCGAAUCCUUGUCCAUGCUGCCCAUUUAACAGCAGCCCCUCUCAUAGAUGUCACACCUAGCCACAGUGGUUCAGCCAUGCUGAUGCUGCUCUCCGUGGUAUUUGUGGGAUUGGCAGUAUUUGUAAUCUACAAAUUCAAAAGGAAGAUUCCGGGCAUUAAUGUUUAUGCACAGAUGCAGAAUGAGAAAGAUCAAGAGAUGGUCAGUCCAGGCAGUCAAAGUGAAAGCAUGCCUAAUGUCCCUCAAAGGGAGCUGAUGACCCCAGAACAACUAGUAGAUGAGAAGUUGGAUACCCAGCCCAUAGGGUUGCCAGAUUUCCAAAGACCAAUUCUUGUACACAAGAGGCUAUUGGGAGGAAAAAUUCCUGGACAUCCUGGACACCAACCAACGAGCGUGAGCAGACAGCCAAGGACUGCCCAGAGUCCAGGACCAGACAGUGCAUAGACUGUUGCCCUACUGAUGAGCAUGCUGGCGGUCAGAUGUACGAGGAGCGCUCGUCAGGCGCAGGAAGUAUUUCCACAGUUGCUGAGACACAAAGCACAAAAGAAAUCCCUACCUGUAUAAAUGUUUGAAACAAGGACACCGGUCUAUCUCUGUCCCCUUCACCCUGAUAUAUAUAUAUAUAUGUAUAAAAAGAAAAAAAGGAAACCAAUCACUGCUUUUGGACUUUUUGAUUCUUCUGACGACAAAGGGGUUUUUAGCUUUAAGCCUGUGCAUGUGGAUGUCAUUUGGAUAACAUAUUGGGAACUGCAGUGUACAGGUGCUCUAUUUUAAUGGAGUAAAAGAGGAAGGAAAAAAACACUUCCUCUUAAUCCUCUUCUCUCUUCUUUUCUAAUCAAGGUUUAAUUUGUAAGUGAUUCAUAAUGAAUAUAGGCCAAGAACGUGCAUGGGGUCUUUGUGGGAGGGGGUGGAAGUUCCUGACUUUCGGUAUAACUUAUGCUUUUAGCACUGCAAGAUUGUAGGUGGAUUUGCCACUCCAGCCUACAUUCCUGCACCUGCAAUCCUAUACACACGGACUUAGAAGUAAGCCACACUGAACUCAAUGAGGCUUUCUACUGAGUAGACAUGCAUAGGAAUGCAGUGUCAAAUACUCACAAAAAAUCUGCACUAGAGUUUGAUGGCAUCACAAUGUUUUUAGGGGGGUUGUUUAUGUUUUUCAGAUGUCUCUGUUUGGACUUUUACUUUUUGUCUUGUGAUGUUCCUUUGUCUAAAGCUGUUUUUAGCUUGUUCAGAUACAGUUCAAGGUCCAGACGCAGCUCAAGUUCCUUUCACUAGCAGAAUCAAAUUAUUUCCUAAACAUAUGUUGUCCCUUCUUUCAUGCCUGUCUAGGGCAGUGUGGCUGUCCAGAUGUUCCUGGACUUCAGCUCCCAUCAGCUCCCAUCAGCAGAGCAGGCAAUAAAGGAUGGUGGGAGCUGGAGUUCCAUCAAACACAGUUUUCCCAUCCAUAUCAUAUGGGAUAAAGAACUAGCUACUCCAAGACUGACCUUUGAA